UAGGUUAUGGCCUGUGCUUUUAGUUACUUUGAGUUACGUCAGUGCCGACCGAAAUUAGGCAAGUUAAAGAGACUUUUGAAUGAACUACCAUAUAAGGGAGAGCUACAGGAUAGGAGUGAAGAUAAAGAUGGGAAAACAAGAUACACUUAUAAUGAUUUAUUAGAUAAGGUACAAGCAAGUGAAGAAGAACUCAAGGCUGGUCUCAAACAAUUACAAGCUUGUCUUGUUGAUGGCUAUUGGAGAGUGUUUCACUUAGAUUAUCGUGAUCAAGUAUUCCAGAGUAUACUAACAUUGCUGGAGGAAGAGGACUGGUCAUGGAAGUCCAUACCUCUUCAGGAGACGUGUCAGAAAUUAGAGGAACUUGAGCCUCCAUUUGUACUAGAGCAUGUUCUUGAUUGUUAUGGGGUAGCCUUCACUGGAGAUGAGGGAGAGAAGAGAUAUGGGCUAGAGGAGGAUAAAGUGUGUCAGUUUUGUGCUGAACUGUUUCUAAGACAAUCAGGAAAAUUUAAUUAUGAGGAGUUUAUGGAGUCAUGGCCUUCAUCAGUUCCGUUAGGAAUGACUACAUCAUUAGACCAACUGAAGAGUUUGGCAUUGACUGAUUUGAAUUCAGUUCCAGCUGUCAUAUGGUAUUUCCCAGCAACUGACUUACCCGAAGACCCAGCUGCAAGGUUUUCAAAAUUAUUCAGUGUAAAAGAAAAGUGGGCGUAUGAUGAAAUGCAUCCUUACAUUAGUGAUUUAGAGUCACCAGGUCAGUCCCUCAAUGGUCUGUUAUUGAAGUAUUCAAGAGUGUCUGUGUCUCAAGGGAAGAAAACUUAUAGUGCUAAACUAACUGCACUAUAAUUUGAACAAUAAUAGUCACACAAUGAUGGCAUUAAUAAAAACUUGUUAGACUAUGCUGUCGUUAUGCAUUGAAGACACCCAUUUUAAUGCUCAUGUGAGAUUUGUACGCUCUUUAAUAUUAA